AUGGCCAAGCGCCCGCGCAAGCGCGUGUCGAAGAAAGCCCGCACCGAUGCCCACACGACAGACGCGUCGUGUAUACAGGUGGGCUUCCAGAGCGAUGGUGCGGCGGCACCUGCUUCGAUAGAGUCGUGUCCCGCUGCCCCGCCCUCCGCGGCGGAGCCGGCAGAGCCUGCGACAGCUACCGCUGAGGCCACAGCGGAGCCAGCGGCAGAGGACGGGGCCUCUUCGAAGAAGCGCAAGCGCACUCGGAAGCGCAAGCGUUCACAUAUUCCCUAUGCUGGUCCUGACGUGGACAGCAUGGACACGCUGGGUGAGUCGGCCAAGCGCGCCAUCGCCUACGCCCAGCUGUUCCUGACCGACAAGCAUGCAUGGAAGUUUUCGAAGCAAAAGCAAAACUGGCUCCUGCGGCACAUGCUAUGGUCGCCGGCGCUCGUCCAGGCUGGACAGGCGGUGCAGGACAUAGCUUCGGACCUGGAGGAAGCGGUCCGCUCCGUGACGCCACCAGCUGUGUCGCUGCCUGAGAGCGGCGCCUGGGUCGACGAUGAGCAUGUGCCGGUGGUGGCGCAUUAUCUGCAGAGCAUGAUGGGGCUGGCCAAGCAGCGCAUGAUGGAGACCUUGGCGUCGGCAGCGAGCCCGCCGUCCGUGGCAUCCCCCCCGGAGCCGACGGCGCAGGAGGGCGAUUCAGCGCCGGACCCGCCCGCUGCGGACACGGCACCUGCGGCCGAUGCUGGAUCGAAGCUGACGCAGUGA